UCUCUCUCACACACAUAAACCACACACCCCAUAUGACAUUAGUCCUCCGUUCUCUGCACUCAGUCGCGCUCUUCAUGCGGUUUAUUCAGGAAAAGCGCAGCAGUGCGCAGCGCACCUUGUCUCUCCUGGCGCGCACCAAACCUUGAUUAACGCAUGAUGCCAAGUGUGAACCACUUAGAGUAACUUAAAAUCGUGAAACGAACGAAAGGAAAACGUAAACUGCGUUUUUUUCUCUCGUUUUGCAAGUUGGGAAGCGACAGCCUCAUUCAGCAAGUGUGAUGGACUGUGGAUGCAGAGUCCAGUUAUUUCACUACUUCAGAGGCUCAGGCAGAAAUUGACAGGUUUAUUUGAACUUUUUGCGACAUUAGACCACAUUAGCUCACAUUACAAACAUUAAGUUAAAAAAAAAACUAUGGAUCUCUAUGCGCAAAAUGAGACAUCUCUCAACCCCGAGUGCGUCGGAGCGCAGGCUGAUGGAGCCGCUAACGGGAGCUUGGAGACUUCCAGCAUCGCUUGCGGCAACGCGUCCACAGUCUUCAUUCCUCAGCGUGUGGGGCGGAGAGAUGAAGGCCACACGUUGCGGAUCCUGCUCUACUGCCUCAUCUUUUUCUUGAGCGUUUUCGGGAACCUGCUGAUCAUCGUGGUGCUUACGGUCAACAAGCGCAUGCGCACCGUGACCAACACCUUCCUGCUGUCGCUGGCCGUCAGCGACCUGAUGAUGGCCAUCUUCUGCAUGCCCUUCACCCUCAUCCCAAGCAUCCUCAAGGACUUCAUCUUUGGAGCUGCCAUGUGCAAGAUAGUGUCCUACCUCAUGGGCAUAUCAGUGAGCAUCUCCACAUUUAGCCUGGUUGCCAUAGCAAUUGAGCGCUACAGUGCCAUCUGUAACCCUCUGAAGUCGCGGGUGUGGCAGACCCGUUCCCAUGCCUAUCGGGUGAUCGCUGCUACCUGGGUGCUGGCCUUCAUCAUCAUGAUCCCCUAUCCCAUCAUCAGUCACCUGGAGUCUUUUCAGCGUCCAGACAACAGCACAGGUCACCAGUGUCGCCACAAGUGGCCCCUCGCUACUGCAGAACAGACCUGGUACAUUCUGCUUCUGCUUGUACUGUUUGCGAUUCCUGGGGUGGUGAUGAUUGUGGCCUAUGGACUGAUCUCCAGAGAACUUUAUCGAGGCAUCCAGUUUGAGAUGGGCCACAAAAAAGACUCCACCGAUGUGAAGAACGGCCUGACCUCCUCUGUGUCUAGUGGCAGGGAUGAUGGAGACGGUUGUUACGUUAACGUGGUCCAGCGGCCGCACUCGAUGGAGAUGUCCGCCAUGGCUACGUCAGGCAGGGCGAUCAAGGCCGAAAGACCACGCAGCAACACAUCAGAGGCCAAGCUGGAGGCCAAGAAGCGAGUCAUUCGCAUGCUGGUGGUCAUUGUUGUCCUGUUCUUCCUCUGCUGGAUGCCACUUUACUGUGCCAACACCUGGCGGGCUUUUGACAUCUCUGCCACACACGCCCUCUCGGGGGCACCCAUCGCUUUUAUCCAUUUGUUGUGCUACACCUCCGCCUGCGUCAACCCAAUUAUUUACUGCUUCAUGAACACACGAUUUCGCAAAGCCCUGCUCGCCACUUUCUCGUGCUGCGCCGCGCCUUGCCACCGCCGCCAUCGCCAUGGGCUACGGGACAAUGAGGAGGAUGUUAUGGCAACUGGGGCAUCUAUGUCCAAGUUCAGUUACACUACUGUCAGCACCAUGGGAACCUGCUGAGGGAGAUGGAUGCAGACACAAUCAAGGAAAGACAGUUACUACGGCAACACAGCACCCCAUAUCCUUUGUUUUUAGGCCGAUGCUAUGCUCAUAGGGACAGUGAUGUGUUGUGGAAAAACAGGCCAUAUAAUGUAGCAGUAUAGAAGCUUCAUCUUCAACAUUAUGUGGAGAUUAUUUGUCGACACCCAGUCUUACAGUGUAAAUACCUCCAUAGCUUUUUUUUUGUUUUUGAAAAAGCACAAAAAAAGAGUAGACAGUUAUCUCUAUCACAAGGGAUUGAGGCAAAUUGUUUGCGUAUAUGUUUCUGGUGAUGUGUGUGUUGGUGCGUUUGCAGAGGUUAUUAGCAGCAUUGGGCUGCAUGAUAUCUGGGGGAGACAGUCUUAAUAACUUACUAGUCAUUAUGAAGCUAUCAAAACAGGAAGAAACAUUUGCUAUGUAAUUUUUAAACCGUGUUUUUAUUUUGCCGUUAGUUGUUAAUGUUUAUCUGUGUUAAUAAUUGGUAAUGCAGUUGCCUUCUGGACUAAGUGCCUGCUUCUCGAUGCUAUGUUGUUUUUGUCCAAUUUAGAUUUGGCUUCAUACAUCAUUUGCAAAACAACCAUGGGCAAAUUGUAACCGGAAGGGUUUCUAAAUAUAAUUGAAAAUUUCUUUUGGUAAAUGGCAAAUGAGUGGGCUUUUAAUGUACUUGGCUCACAAAAACACUAAAAAAACACAUAGUAGUGAUGCCUGUAAAGUAUAAUGCUCGUCACGUUUGUGUUUUUAGUUUAGUUUGGUAGUCUUGCAUCGAAACAUAGUAGCAAAUGUGAGACGGAAGUUGUUUAGUUUGCACUUCCUGGAGAACAUCUUAAUAGGAAUCGGAUUUAUUUAACAGUUUCUGCAUUCUUAAAACCUUGUUACCGUAUUAGAAAAACUCUGCACACUGCUACAAAAACAAAGUAGAAUAAAGUGUGAGGACGUUUUGACAAAGAAAUAUGAAUUUUUGUAGAACGAUAUAAAUACACACUACCAGUCAAAAGUUUGGACACACCUCAUUUAACGCUUUUUAUUUAUUUGUAUUAUUUUCUACCUUGUAGAUUAAUUGUGAAGAUUAACACUUUUUUUUGUUUACAACAUAAUUCCAUAUGUAUUCUUUUAUUGUUUUGAUAUCUUUAGUAUUAAUCUACAAUGUAGAAAAGAACAAAAUAAAAACCCUUGAACAAGAAGGUGUGUUCAAACUUUUGACUGGUAGUGUAUAUAUAUA